AUCAUCCACCGUGAGGGAUUAAAAAAAGGCAGAGAAGAAGAAGAACAGAAGAAGAACAAGAAUUUAGAUCUUCUCCUCUUCCCAUGCAGAUCGGGUUGGAUCCUGUUUUCUGCGCACAUUAGGGUUUUUUUUUGAACUUUUUUUCCGAGGAUUUGAAGAAAAAGGCUAUCGAAUUGAGCCGUUCAUUAGAGGGUAUUGCAUUCUUUUUGAUCUGGACCGUGUCGGUAUGAUUAUUUCGGGCGUUUUUUGAUUUUUGUGUAUGGUCUGUGGAAUUUGAAAAGCUUCGUUAGGGUUUUUGUUAUUGGUUUCAUUCUUUUCGGGAAAAAAAAAUUGUAAUGGUGAAGAAACUCGUCGUGAAUUUUGGCGGGAUUUGAGUGCGGUUUAAAUGGCAUCAGCACAGGUUCUGUCCAAUUCAGCAGCUUCGUCGCGUAAAAAGGAUCAUCUUGAAGCUGGAAAGCGCAAGCUUGAGGAGUUUCGCAAAAAUAGAGCUAGAAAGGCUGCAUCGACUGGUCAACUACACUCCAAUGAUGGUAGUCAAAAUGAGAAACAACCAAAAGAAAGUGAUUAUAUGCGACUUGUUGAUACAGAUGGAGCUGGCACAUCUGAAAAAGAAAUUGUUGCUAGCGUUGGAUCUUUUGGUCCAGUUGAAAACAGUAAUAGUAAAGAAAGCAGUUCUUUUGGUACUGCUGUCCUGGAUCUCUCUAAUGGGGCAUAUGUUAAACCUCCUGGUUUAGCCAAUAAUUAUGGUGCAACUUUUUCUGAUCCACUUCAGAAACCUGCAAAUGAUCAAGGGUUUGAACAUUCUAGUGGUUUAGGCAGUGCUGGACGUCACUUCAAGGAAGAUAAGAGUGGCAACCAUGGUGCUUACACUAGUAACCAGGGGCCAACAUUUGGGGAUGUAAGAGAACAAUAUACUACUGUUCAUCAGGUACAUGGUAUCCAAGACAUUGAUAGGAGUGCUCGCCAAUUUAAUUAUCAUUCCUUUGAUGAAGCUCAAUUGAAAGAAAAUGAGACAUCUUCCAAGGGAUAUGCAAUCAGAGAUCCAAGUAUACCCUUGGUUGACAAGUCAGUUAGUAUUCCAGUGAAAAGUGAGAUGAGUUUUGCCAGCUCACUAACCAGUGGGAACACACCUAACCUAUAUGAAGAUUCUAUUCAUAUGAGCACCAACCUUAAGGAGCCAGUUUCUGAAGGUGGAUUAUAUAAACAUGGUAGUGAGGAUUCAAAUGGUUCUGUGAGUGUUGAUAUGUCUGGGAGCAAGCUUAGUAGCUUUAUCAGUCGUCACUCUACUGCAGAAAGUGCACCUUGGCUGAAGGCAGAAUCUCUGUCUACAGGUUUUGGCUUAGGUCUAAAAAAUUCCUCUGAUCAUUUGCCUCUAUAUUCAAACACAUAUGAAACAAGCACUCGUCGAUCGCGUCCUUCUUUCUUGGACUCUAUUAAUGUACCUAGGGCAUCUUCAGUUUCUCAUUUGCCAUUUACUGAUUCAGAAAAUGAUAAGUCAUUCAUGUCUAAAAGUUCAAAAAUUCCGAGUGCGGAUAUCCUAGCAUCGUCGGCUCAGCAGCCAUUUCCAGAGGCUGAAACUUUGGGGCCUUUCUCUAGCUUGAGAUUACCAGAUUUGCCCAGCAGCAAUGCACCUUCCAUGAAUUCAAUUUCUGUUAGUAAUGAAAGUGAAGUGCUGAGACAGAAUUACAAGGAAAAUAGUAUAGAGAGAAAGCAUGAGUUUUCUUCGUCGAAGCAGGAUGAAGAUUUUGCUGCUUUAGAACAGCAUAUUGAAGAUUUGACACAAGAAAAGUUCUCUUUGCAGAGAGCUCUUGAGGCAUCACGGGCUUUAGCUGAGUCAUUGGCUGUUGAAAAUUCAUCUCUCACGGAUAGCUUUAAUCAGCAGGGAACAGUUGUCAACCAACUAAAAUCAGAUAUGGAAAGGUUACAGGAGGAAAUUAAGACCCAGCUGCUGGAGCUGGAGUCUAUCAAAAUGGAUUAUGCUAAUGCACAACUAGAAUGUAAUGCAGCUGAUGAACGAGCAAAAAUAUUGGCUUCUGAGGUCAUUGGCUUAGAAGAAAAGGCACUGAGGUUGAGGUCAAAUGAGUUAAAGUUGGAGAGGCAAUUGGAGAAUUCAAAUGCUGAGAUCACUUCAUACAAAAAGAAAGUGUCUAGUCUAGAGAAAGAGCGCCAAGAUUUGCAGUCCAUGGUUGAUGUUCUGCAAGAAGAGAAAAAGCUAUUGCAAUCUAAGCUACGUAAAACAACUGCAAGUGGAAAAUCUAUUGCUGUCAGCAAGAUCCCCUCUGUUAAGAAAGAUGUGUCAACCUCCACAGAGGAUUUAGUUCUUGGGGAGAAUGGUGAUACAGAAACAACACCAAGCACGUUCAACAAUGAAAUGGAAGAUAUUGCUUUUUCCCCCAGUAGAAUGUUUGCCUCCCCAUCACUUCCUGGGAAUAGUCAAAUUCUCCCUCCAGUUUCUCCUUUGUCUAUUCCACCUGAUCAAAUGAGAAUGAUUGAAAACAUUAAUUCAUUACUUUCUGAGUUGGCACUGGAGAAAGACGAGUUGAUGCAAGCUUUGGCAGCUGAAUCAUCUCAUUGCUCACAGCUCAAGGGCUUGAAUAAGGAAUUGUCACAAAAGCUGGAGGUUCAGACUCAGAGAUUAGAGCUUUUGACUGCCCAGAAUAUGGCCAAUGAAAAUAUCCCAUCAAGGCAAACAGACCCUCGUGCGAUGCCCGAUAGCAUGCCACUUUACACAGAUGAAGGGGAUGAGGUGGUAGAGAGAGUCUUGGGCUGGAUAAUGAAACUCCUUCCAGGAGGGCCAUCAAAGCGUCGAACCAGCAAGCUUCUCUGAUAAGGAGUCAAGGAGGAGUGAUGAUGAAAGAAAAGUUUUUCCCCCCUUCUGUUUCUUCUCCAUGGUGCAAUUAGGUCAUGUAUAUUGUGAGCCGAUCCCAUUCCUUGUAAUAGAAAAAAAAAAUGAUUUCCCCCCCUUCCCCAUUCGUUGGAAGAGGCAAGCGUCAUUUCUUUGACAACAGGAAAAGAAAGAAGCCCCUGGUCUCUAACUGGGUGCCGGUAUUGAUUAAUAAUUACCAAAAUUUAGUGGGGCAUUUACUGAGGUUGAUGAUGUGGAAAAAGAAAAGAAAAAACAAUAUUCCUACACACUAAAUUUAAAUUUUAUCAUGUUAGUUUUGUUCAUUCUUCAUUCUUCA